AGAACUUCUUCAGAACUGAUCAGUUAGUAUAGUGAAGCUGCUAUCAACCCGACGGUUAUUCACAUCAAAACAUACAGAACUUUUGCAAUAAUUUGUCAAAGUCUCAAAACAUAAAAUACAAAACAACACCUCAAUCGCAAGACUGAAAGAUACACUCUCGAAAACGCCGAUAAACUCUACAAGCCUUUCCAACCACUCGUUCUCUCUUUCGUCUCCGUAUCUGGAACAACCACAACUGGCCAAUUAGAGCCUGCCUCGUUUUUCUAUUGCUCGUGCUCUCCCUCCUGUUGCUUAGAGCAUGAUUUAUUUCGAAGCCAACGUCACAACUACCAUUCCAAACAGUCCCAACAUGUAUUCCAACAGCAACGCCGCCAACUCCACUAACCAGCAGUACUUGGGCGACUACUCGUACCAACAGACCCCUCAGCAACACCAACAACAACAGCAGCAACAACAACAACAGCAACAGCAACAACACACCAUCUUGCCUCCUCCAGGCCCGGGUAACCAACAAAACGCUGCCUACAGCUACCAGAACAACGCCAGUGGCUCUUCUACUAGCAGUGCCUCCAAUAUCCAGGGCAAUGCCAACAGUAACACCAACAGCAACAAUGCCAAUAGUAGUAAUAACACCAGCAAUAACAAUAUCGCGAACAAGUUCACAGCUCAGGAUAUCCAGAUCUUGAAGCAGUUGUUGGUAGCUGGUGAAAAACACAAAUGGAAGCAGAUCACAAAGGAAAUCAACCAGUUGUCCAAUAGCAACACAAGCAAUCCUCCGUCUGACCAGAACCAACAACCAUUUGGUAACAGACAUCAAGGACGCAAUGUGUCGCCUACCUUUGUUAUCAAGCAGUACCAGAGUUUGCUCGGCUUACCAAACAAUGCAAACUUUUUUGGUUCUCUUGCCUCUUCCUUGCCCUACGUAGUGUCUUCUAAUGGGUGGGACGACGUUGCAGACCAGAACUACGCUGUUCGCUUUGGAAACGAAGACAUAGAGUAGUUUUUCGUCCCUGGUCGUUGUUAACUUUUGGUUCAAUUCUUGUUUUACCCCUGAGAACUUCGAGUUCAUUGGUUCUAGUUCUAGACGGACUUAACGACUCUGUUGUACUAUAUUGCCAUAUAUUAUGCGGUAAAUUAUACUGUAUGAACCUAUAUUAUAUAUGAAAAUGUGGUAUAUGUUGUAUCUACUAUGAUACUUGCAAAGAGUUUGAGUUCAUUAUUUUGGUCACAAUGGCAAUUGUGUUCAC